ACUCUGAAGUAGAAUCAAGAAUGCAGACAGAACGUAUAUGUGAAGUGUGAUAAGUUUGCAAUCGGGGACUUUUGAUCGCCUGAAAUGGCCCUGAAGAGAAAAUUCCCAAAACCCAUCAAUGUCAUUGAUCCUCCGAUCCCAAUCCAGUCUUCUCUGCCCACUCCACCACCACCAACAACUCCUCUCGCCACUCUGCCCAGUCUCUCCCUCUCUCGAGCUCCUCACCAUAACCAAUUCCUUCAUUUCUUCAAUACCCAUCUCUCCCUCUCCCAACCCCUUACCCCACAACGUCUCCUCCACUUCUUCAAAUCUAAGCUCCAUCACCACCCACAAUUCUCCGCCUACGAUUUCCACAUCUUCAAUUGGGCAGCCUCUCUCGACUGCUUCCGCCAUGACCACUCCACGCUCGAAUGGAUGUCCCGUUCGCUGGCCUCCACCAGCCGCCUCGCCGAACUCCGCUCCCUUAUUGCAUUCAUGGAUUCCAAUCGAUGUCCUUGUAGUGACGGUAUUUUCUCUUGCCCUCGAAUGGAAUCCAUUUUCCAGUUUGUUAUCCAGGCGUAUUGUAGAGUAGGGAAGAUGGAUGAUGCCUUGUUUGCUUUUGAGAAUAUGAGGAAAUUGAUUGAUGGGAAGCCUAGUGUGGUGAUUUACAAUGUUAUGAUUCAUGGGUAUGUGAAAUGUGGGUGCCAUGAUGAAGCAUUGGGGUUUUAUGAUCGGAUGCUGAAGGAUAAGGUUAAGCCUGAUGUGUUUACUUUUAAUAUUUUGAUCAGCAGUUAUUGUAGGAAUUCGAAAUUCGGGUUGGCUUUGGAAUUGUUUAGGGAGAUGAGGGAGAAGGGCUGCAGUCCUAAUGUGGCUAGUUUCAACACUUUGAUCAAGGGCUUCUUUAGAGAGAGGAAGUUCGAGGAGGGGAUUGCAAUGGCAUAUGAGAUGAUUGAUUUAGGGUGUCAAUUUUCCACUGUCACUUGUGAGAUUUUAACUCAUGGUCUUUGUAAGGAAGGACAGGUUUUGGAGGCAUGUAGAAUGUUGCUUGAUUUUUCAAGGAAAGGAGUUUUCCCUCAUGGGUUUGAUUACUUUGUUUUGGUGGAAGAACUUUGCAGGAAGGGAAAUGCUGGUCGAGCUUUGGAGGUGGUUGAUGAGCUGUGGGGAAAAGGAAAUGUUCCAAGCUUCAUUGCUUGUACUACAUUGAUAGAAGGUUUGAGGAGGUCAGGGAGAGUAGAAGAAGCAUUUAGAUUGAUGGAAAAGAUGCUGAAAGAGGAUGUUCUACCAGAUUGUGUGACCUUUAAUUGUCUAUUGCAAGAUCUUUGUGAGUUGGGUAGAACAGUAGAAGCAAAUGGAUUGAGGUUGUUGGCUUCUCGCAGGGGUUUGGAGUCUGAUGGCACCACAUAUAGCGUAUUGGUUUCUGGGUAUACGAGAGAAGGCAAAAGGAAGGAAGGUGAAGUUUUGGUCGACGAGAUGUUAGAUAAGGGAUUUAUACCUGAUAUUGCUUCUUAUAAUAGGUUGAUGGAUGGGCUUGCGAAUAUGAAACAGUCUGUGCGGCGUAAUGUUAAUGUUGUUAAAAGGUGAACCUAUAAACAUCAUAAGGUUUGACAUUGUGUGGCAGCACCAAGGCUCAAAAGUGAUGAAAAGAAUUGAAAGCUUUUCUACUUUUGAGCUACUAUGGUUAUUUCCAUAGUGCUUUUCGAGGAAAAAAUACGAUAUUGAUUGAACUCUAGCAGGCCAUAUUGACAAGGUCCUACAAACUGAUCCACGAGGUCCUAGUCCUCCCGGAGACCUAAUCCUGAAAACCUGUGAUUGUGAAUGUGGUCCAAUGAAAAUAAAUGACUUCACACUUUCACAGAGUUUGGAGGUGCCCUAUUUCUGUCUCUGAUGGAAACAAAGCAUGGUCUGGUUUGAUUAUGGAGCUUCUAUGGUGGAUAAUAAUAUGGACGAGUCUUUGUGCUGUUGCGGCUUCAUUGGAGAGAAUGACAAGGCAGGGACUGCGCCAUCCAAAGACAAAUGAGGGAUAACCAGUCAUUAAGUUCCAGCUUUAAGAGAUUUACAUGGUUCGGCGAAAGCCUAAGUCCACGGUCAGCAGAGAUCGAUCGAGUAUUCACUAUAUUGGAGAAGAUUACAAGUGAGAAACUCACUGAUUACUCUCAUUUCCACAGUGCCUUUUUGCAAUCAUUAGUGUUUUUUUUUUUUUUUUUUUCCAUCAGUUGUUUCUGUAUGCAUUGGUCUUCAAAUAACCGCUGAAAUAUUGAAGAUGGGCUUAUGUCGAAAAAUUGGAUUGUUCAUGUAAUAUUUAGGGCACUAUUAUCAGUUGGAAGAAGUUUAAUGUUCACUAGUGUACAUGUA